UUGCCUAACUACCACGUGGAAAUUACUUAUUGUAUCCCGACUAAAAAAAAAAAGUUUUUUUUUUUCUUUUAAUUCAUCUUUUUUUUUUUCCUUCUCAAAAUGUCUACAAGUUCACCCGUAAGAAGUCAUUCACUUGUACAUCAUCAACAGCAUACACAAUGGAUUCAAUCACAGCAACUGAAAUUACAGCCGAGCCUAUCUGUCUCUACCACUCCACAUCGAUCAACUUCUGUCAAUCACUCAGCACGACUUGUACGCUCCAGCUCUCUCUCACAACAUAGUAAAAAGACGCCCACACGAUCCAAAUCGCUUCCACAAAAGCCAAUCAAACCCACUCCUACCGGCCCCUUUGGAUUUCUUCAACAUGAACCUCCUCCAUUACCCAAACAUAGCGUGCUUGUAAAAUCCUUACCACGCCGUACCUCCAGUCUAAAGAAACCGAAACAAAUCAAAACAGACGAAGAAGUGACGAAAUCGCUUUUAGAGUGGAAACACAAAUCUGUCUUUAAAGUCGAUUGGGCCACGCUCUUUUCUCCUUCUGUCACACUCUGGAAUGAAAACAAUAUCUUUGGCUCGGUUGAGGAUCUAUUUAAUUACUCGCAUGGUCAGGAAAAUGUAUUGCAGGCGGCUCAGUCUCUAUGGAUACAGGAUCAGAAUUUCGUGCCAAAGAAAGAAAUGGCUUCCUAUCUGGGUAAAUUAGACCCUUUUCGUCAUUUGGUUUUAAAGAGUUAUAUUGACUAUUUUGAUUUCAAUGGUUUGAGUUUGGACCAAGCGUUCAGAAAAUUAUGCUCUAAACUUUAUUUCAAGGCCGAGGCGCAGGAAAUCGAUCGCAUUUUGGAAGUAUUUUCGCAUAAAUAUUAUAAUUCAAGCAACUCUCAACACAUGUAUCAAAGCGCAGAUGUUGUCUAUACAAUCACAUAUUCCAUCAUGCUGCUGAACACAGACCUUCAUCUUGUCCAAAUCAGUAGCCAUGCCAAAAUGUCCAGUGCGUUAUUUUGUGAGAACACCAUGUCGACUGUUCUGGAACAAGCGAUUUCUUUAAAAGGUGAUGAAUUGAGUCUCUGGCAAGAUGAAUUAAAAACCAGUCUCAAGGUCAGUUCCUUUUUUUUUUUUUUUUGUCAAUUAAACUCUCAUCCCUCCUAUUUUAACAUGAAUAGGAAAUUUAUGCAUCAGUAAAGAGCAAUGGUAUAUUACAACCAGAAGAUGAGGAUGAGCCAAAGUCCUUUUUAAAGAGAAUGGGAUCAUUAACCCAACGAAAAAAGCGUAGUGUCUCUUUAUCCUCUUCCCGGUCACAAUAAUUUACAUAAGCAUGAAUAAUACAAUAAAAUUAAAAUUAAAAAAAAAA